GCCUGUGUGGAGAUUGUAUAGGAAGACCAUCAAGCAUAUCUUCAUUGCGUACCCUCAAGUGACUGCAUGGUGAAGAUGGUCGGAGACACUAUGGGAGAAAAUCACGAGGAGAGCAAAAUGACCAUGGGAUUGGAGAAGAUGGUCGGAGACACUAUGGGAGAAAAUCACGAGGAGAGCAGAAUGACCAUGGGAUUGGAGGGAGAUAUCGAUGGACAUGGUGUCCCUGUCUAUAUCCUCUACUCUGAUCCUGGACUGUGCCUGUUCCUUGUCGGGUGGCUGGAGGUCUUAUGGGCUAUAUGGGGGAGAAGACAUGUCAGGGCAGGUGUGUAUGUGGAAGAAGAACAAGAACAAGAACAAGAACAAGAACAAGAACAAGAACAAGAAGAAGAGGUCCUGGAGGAGGAGGAGGAGGAGGAGGAGGAGGAAGAAGAAGAAGAAGAAGAAGAAGAAGAAGAAGAAGAAGAAGAAGAAGAAGAAGAAGAGGAUGACCAGUGGUUGAGAGGGAUACAGAGAUGGCAGGAUAUCACGUGUUCUGCUGAUGAAGGGGCUCUGACACGUGAGCAGGCCACGUCAACAGUGACACGUCAGCUACAGUGCCACGUCAGCAGUGCCACGACAGACACAGUGCCACGUAAGCAGUGCCAUGUCAGACACAUUGCCACGUCAGACACAGUGCCUCGUCAACAGUGCCACGUCAGCAACAUGACGGGCCUGCCAGGCCAACUGGCCAAUGAGCCCAUUGCCGACUACAAAAAGCGCUUCCAGGCUCAGCUCGCUGUCAUCGAGGCUGAGGAACAACGCCAGCUGGCGGCCAAGGCUGCCCAGCUACAGGCUGAAGAAGCGGCAACAGCAGAGAAGCUGCAGCUACAGGCCGAAGCAGACGCAUAUGCCCAGGCUCGCCGCAAGGAAGCCCAGGAUCUGCUGCAGCGGCAUGAAGCCACAAGCAUCGAAAACUCAAGUUCUGGCACUUUGAACCAAACGGCGAAGACGGAACACCGGAAGAGCAGCAUAAGGAGUUCCUCUCCAAACUCACAGAACCAGGAACUGCAGCAACAGUACAAGGAUCUGAAGACGCAGCACCGCGAGUUGGCGAACCUCCGCCGGAUGGUGCAGAGUCACGAGGAUGCAACACGGGCACUCAAUUCCCGUGUACUGGACCUGGAACAGGCUGUACCAGGACCAGAUGCUGGGGCUUCCAGCAGUGCACCCUCUAGCCGCCAACUGGAGGAACGCGUUGACCACGUAGUGGCAAUGCUGGGCGACAUCUGCACCUUCGCGGCGCCAACCACCAUCAGCAGCCAGCUGGACACGUUGAAGACCGAGGUCCAGCAACUGCAGCCGACGAACACGGAUGGCAAUCCCAAGCAAUACAAGAUGCCAACCUUCCAACUGGAGAAGUUCGACGACUACACACAUCAGGAUGCGGUCCUCUGGUGGGAAGCUUUCACGACGCAACUGCGGAUUCUGCCUGUCGCCAAGCACGCAUACAUCGGCGCCCUGUUCAUGAACUCAAAGGGCGGAUGCCAGAUCUGGUUGACUCACCUGGCAGCCACCCACAGCGUCGACGUCGCCGAUCUGAAGGACAAGAUCACAUGGGAAGAGUUAACACGGCUGUGGAAGAAGCGGUUCAUCGUCGACGACGCGCCAGCACUAGCCAUCAACCGUCUCUUCACCAUGUCUCAGGGCAACACAGCAACACGUGACUGGCUCACGGAAUGGCAGAAGAUCGCGGCAUUACCCGAUCUGGACUUACCAUUCACGCAUCUACGCCCUGAGUUCUAUAACAGGUCAUGCGCUGCGUUGAGCCAGGCACUUGGUGAUCGCGAGCACUAUGCAUCUUUCCCCGAGAUCAUUGACAAGGAAAGAGAGAUCAUCAAGACCAACAGAGCGGCUGCACACGAGAAGUCCACGUGGCAGCCAACCUAUGUGGAGAAGGUAAGAACUGGUCCGCGACAGCAGCAGUUCGCUGCAGUCCAAUCGGACAGUGGAGAAGACCCAGCAGCCACUCCAGCAUCACGUGAGGCCCGCGAGGACCAUCCGGUGAACUUCUACCUCCGCACCGUUCACAUUCGUGAUCGGAACGGAGUACUAGUCCCAUGCACGGUAGCUCCUCCUCACCCUUCAGUCAGCUGUCACGUGGUAUCCGCCACAAGCAUGCGAGCUUCCAUCAUUAGAGACGAUAUCGUGGAGAUGGGGGUGUGUUUUCUCCAUGCCCUCCUGCCCCAAGACGCGUCAUCGACGGACUCAUCUUCGGAUCCACGCAUCACCGAACUUCUCGACGCCUACAGCGACGUGUUCGAAGGCCCGCACGUAAUAGUCUUGGAUCGACCCAUCCGCCACGAGAUCAUCCUCCAGGACGGGGCCGUACCUCCACGCGGUUGCAUCUACCGAAUGAGCGAGGAAGAGUUAAGUGUGCUUCGGGCACAACUUGACGACCUUUUGGAGAAAGGCUGGAUUCGGCCUAGCUCAUCAUCAUACGGUGCUCCUGUUCUCUUCGUCCGGAAGACGAACAAGGAUUUGCGGUUGUGCAUCGAUUAUCGCAAGCUCAACGCGUGGACGAUCAGAAACGUUGGCCCUCUCCCACGCAUCGACGAUCUUCUCGAGCGACUAGGCGGCGCCAAGUUCUGCUCCAAGCUCGAUCUCAAGUCGGGAUAUCACCAACUCGAGAUCUGGCAGAAGGAUCGCUACAAGACCGCGUUUAAGACACGAUAUGGGCAUUUCAAAUGGCUGGUUAUGCCAUUUGGCCUUACGAAUGCCCCGGCCAGUUUCCAAGCGGCUAUGACAACGGAGUUCCAACACAUGCUGGAUCGAUACGUACUUAUCCACCUCGACGACAUCCUGGUGUACAGCCGGAGUUUCGAAGGAGCAUGUGGAACACAUGUGUACCGUUUUGGAGCGGCUACGACAAGCCAAGUACAAAGUCAACCGCGACAAGUGCAAAUUCGCGCGACAGUAGCUGGAGUACUUGGGACAUUACGUGACGCCGCAAGGCAUCCAGAAGCUGCGGCAACAGUAGAGAAGCUGCGGCUACAGGCCGAAGCAAACGCAGAUGCCCAGGCUCGCCACAAGGAAGCCCAGGAUCUGCUGCAGCUGCAUGAAGCCACAAGAAUCGAAAAACUCAAGUUCUGGCACUUUGAACCAAACGGCGACGACGGAACACCGGAAGAGAAGCAUAAGGAGUUCCUCUCCAAACUUGUGGCACGGUUCUUGUAUGCUUGCAACUACCAACGGUCCGAGUUGGAGAGACAGAACCUGGAACUGCAGCAACAUUUCUUGGAUCUGAAGACGCACCCCCACGAGUUGGCGAACCUCCGCCGGAUGGUGCAGAGCCACGAGGAUGCAACACGGGCACUCAAUUCCCGUGUACUGGACGUGGAACAGGCUGUACCAGGACCAGAUGUUGGGGCUUCCAGCAGUGCACCCUCUAGCCGCCAACUGGAGGAACGCGUUGACCACGUCGUGGCAAUGCUGGGCGACAUCAGCACCUUCGCGGCGCCAACCAUCAUCAGCAGUCAGCUGGACAUGUUGAAGACCGAGGUCCAGCAACUGCAGUCGACGAACAUGGAUGGCAAUCCAAAGAAAUACAAGAUGCCAACCUUCCAACUGGAGAAGUUCGACGACUACACACAUCAGGAUCCGGUCCUCUGGUGGGAAGCUUUCACGACGCAACUCCGGAUUCUGCCUGUCGCCAAGCAUGCAUACAUCGGCGCCCUGUUCAUGAACUCAAAGGGCGGAUGCCAGAUCUGGUUGACUCACCUGUCAGCCACCCACAGCGUCGACGUCGCCAAUCUGAAGGACAAGAUCACAUGGGAAGAGUUAACACGACUGUGGAAGAAGCGGUUCAUCGUCGAUGACGCACCAACACUAGCCAUCAACUGUCUCUUCACCAUGUCUCAGGGCAACACAGCAACACGUGACUGGCUCACGGAAUGACAGAAGAUGGCGGCAGUGCCCGAUCUAGACUUACCAUUCACGCAUCUACGUCGUGAGUUCUAUAACAG